AUGGAUGACCCUCUUCGACCCAGCGAUGAAAUCUUCAAACAAAUUUACGAGCAAGGCUUUACUACAUGGCAUACACUUUACCAGAAGGCAAUACCGUUAUCUCAACACGCACCUCUCCUGAGGCUAGAGAAUGUGAUCCCCCAACACCCUAAAUUUCCAUCCUACAUAGAGAUUGGUGAUGAUGCAUCAAUAUUCUUGAAUACUAAUUAUACAUUCCGGGUCUCCACAAACCGGCCUACCACCAUAGCCUUAUCUUCAGAUCCUUCGAUUGGCUUUACAAAAUGGUUCGGCAAGCAGGAUAACCACCUCCUCCCACUUACCCUCGCAUGGGCCUAUGUUUUUUCUGCGCGUUGGGCCAGCGUCAUGCCUAAUGCAAGCAUUCAAUAUACCAAAAAAUUGGCAUCGUGGAGAGGCGACGGUAAUCCUGAACACGAUGAACCAAUUAUAAUUGAUAUCGGUGGUGUUACUGGCGAUGCCCUCAGGUGGUGGGCCGCGAUUCUCGCUCCAGGAGAGGGCUGGAAUGCCUAUGUCCCUCCUCAUGAGAGACACCUCAAGUCACCAUGGUCCACUACGCUUCAGAGUACUCGACAUCUCAUACUAUGCAGUCGAUACACACACAAUUCGCUGCUACCUGGGUUUCCACCUACCUGGUAUGAUGCAGUGCGUUUUAUUUCUGACUAUGUGGCCCACCACCAUGUCAGUCAACAAAGUCAUGCGGCAUUCAUGGCCGCCCUGCUACUUCCGACAUCGCAGACUAUGAUAAAACAGGUCGUAUUACAUACACCUCGACUUUCCGGUGCAGUCCGGCAGUCGUCAUUUACGCCGCAGACCGAAUCCCAGCCUUGGGGCAGUGACGAAGGACAACUCGAUAGACUUCUUACCCUGGGGUGUAAUAGCCAAGGGAUCAUCUCGCUCCUGGGUAGCGCAUUCAUUGAGCCAUCGAUCCCCUGCAAUGCCUGUGGUGCAUGGAUACAAGGAGCCUUGGCAGUACUUGAGAAUCAAGAUACAAAAGACCCUCACGUCCUCUUGCAUAUUCUUAUCAACCGGUCCCCUCAGCUGGGCUUCCUCUGGCUAGGUGCACUUCUGGCCGGCAUUCAGGCUUCAAUCAUGAAGCGGGCUCGCGCAGCCUUCUUAGGGAUCGAUCUCCAGGUUGCUGUUUGGACAAACACUCUCAUAUCAUUCAUUCAGUUGCCCACGACUCCGACUACUGCCAAGGAAAUAAGCCGCUCGGAUGAGGCUCGACUUAUGUUUUUGACCCAAGCAGAAUUCCACAAGUCACCUCCCAUCGUUCCAUUCGAGCCCUUCGGGAGAACAGAUAUCGCAGACUGCAUUCUUGAGGUCCAGGUUCACUCACAAUGCAAGAGUUCUCAUGGACUAUACAUCACAAACUGGGCCUGGGCGCACGACGAUGGCCUCAGCUACGUAGGGAAAGCGAUACCUACACCUAAGCAGGUCUCAUUCGAUGCGUUCGAGAAUAGUGUUGCUAUCGAUUUUGGAAGCUUGGACCGAGAAAGGGACUGUUCUGAAACAGCUACAAGGUCCAUGUUCUUAUGGCUACGUGGAGAGGAUGGGUAUCCGGUUGCUGAACGAGAUAUCUAUCUUCACGAGUGGAUCAAUGGAUGGGAUUCUGAUGAGGAGGAUCAGACACCAGAGGGAGAUGGAAAGUCAACUCGACAACAACGCGUUGGGCCCUGGUUGACACGC